CUUCGCUGUGAAUAAAGUCAUCUGUAGUCUUUUAUUCUUCUGUCUCUCUCUUUCCCAAUAUCUACUCGCAAAACAUACACACGCGCGCACGCGCAACCCUUUUUUCCGGCCCUAAAUCUUCUCUUUGAAGAAGCUUGUCAAAACCAACCUCGAUCUUCUCCGAAUACAACUCGGUUACCAUGGCUAAUUCAGCAUCAGGAAUGGCAGUGCACGAUGACUGCAAACUGAAGUUUAUGGAGUUGAAAGCUAAAAGGACACAUCGCUUCAUAGUAUACAAGAUUGAGGAGAAGCAAAAACAGGUUAUGGUGGAAAAGCUCGGUGAACCAAUCGAAACUUACGAGGACUUUACUGCAAGCCUUCCUGCUGAUGAAUGCAGAUAUGCAGUUUUCGAUUUCGACUUUGUGACCGAAGAGAGUGUCCAAAAGAGCAAGAUUUUCUUCAUUGCAUGGUCGCCUGAUACAGCAAAAGUGAGGAGCAAAAUGAUCUAUGCCAGCUCAAAGGAUAGGUUCAAGAGAGAACUUGAUGGAAUUCAGGUAGAGCUUCAAGCCACAGAUCCGACUGAAAUGGGUCUCGAUGUUUUCAAAAGUCGUGCUUUUUAAAAAAAUCUCGAGUUGCAGCAAAGUAUGGUAUAUGAAUCUUUGCUCUACUUAAGGGGGAAAAAAUGUUAAUAGUUUGUGGAACUAUGCUAUGCAGCAUCUGUUGUCGAAGUUUUUAUUUCUUUAGUACGGUCAUUACGUAGAACAAAUUUCGUUAUUUUGGCUAUUUUUCGUUUGUGGGUUUAUUUUAUUUCAUUUGACUGCAUGGGCCGGAUAAACCAUUAUCGGAUUGGUUUAUAUAUCCGUCCCAGAAAAUGUAUUCUUGACUCUUUUCUAUUGGCCUCCUAAUUUCAAAUUGUUCUGUUCCGA